CGGCGAUACGAACAGCAGCAGCAGCAACAGAAGCAGCAGCGCAAGGCAGUCGCUACCGCGGCGGACGCUCGCUCAUGGGAUAGGCGCACGCACCUGCACCAGCCGCGAUGAUCGCCGGGUCGGACAGCCUCAUGAACGUUCCGGUGGAGGCGACGGCGUUCCUGGGCGCUGUGGCAGCCUUCGUCGUGCUGCUGCUGGUGUUCUUCCUGUACCUCAACAAGAAGUGGUGCUUCUAUGGCGUGGGCGGCUUUCCUUGCUGUGACGAGCCGCUUGGCACCCGCACAGGACGUGCCAGCCACCACCUCGGGAAGGCGUACUCGUACGAGGAGCCGGAGUCGAGCUCGGACAGCGAGGAGGACGUGCUGCGGCGGCUGCAGCGCUCCGCCAGCCUCCACUCCGUCGUGCACGGCGCCUCCUCACCGGGUUGCUCGAGCGUCGGCGUUGGCGGCAGCGUGAUAGUAGAAAAGGAUUAUGGAACGGUGAGGAGCAGUGAGGUUGAAGGGACUGCUAUGUCUAGGGACGAGGAUGGUGAUGUUGGGCUGUGGAGUGUGAUGGAUGAGGAGAAGUUGUCUGUACGACAGAAGGAAACUAGGCGUGAAUUUUGUAUCGUGGUGCUGCCACAGGAGAACGAGCACGACCACGACCAGGUGUUCGACGUGUCGGAGCUGACGCUGGCCGAGCAGCAGAGCCAGCUGGUGUCCAAGUGCGGACACCUCGAGGUGGCGUUCGCGUACGACGCGCCGAUGCGCAAGAUGACGGUGCGCGUGCUGCAGGCGCGCGACAUCCCCGCCAGGGACCGCGGCGGCCCCACGCACUCGCAGGUUCGCCUGGUUAUGCUGCCGAGCAAGAAGCAAAAACACAAGACCAAGAUUCGCCAGGGUGAAAACCCACAAUUUCUGGAGAGUUUCUUGUUGCACAGAGUCAACCCGGAGGAUGUGAACAGCAUGGGCGUGCGCUUCCGGCUGUACGGCUGCGAACGCAUGCGGCGCGAACGCAUGAUCGGCGAGUGCGUCGUCAGCUUCGCGUCCGUCAACCUGGAGCUGGAAACCGUUCUCUGGCUGGCGCUGGAGCCUCGUGCCAACCUCACGCUAAACUCGUCAGCCUCAGACCUCCUGAGCCUGGCUAGAAGUGACAGCACAGGAUCAACACAUUCGAUGCAGCAUGGAGGAGUCCCAGAGCUCCUCCUUGGUCUAGCAUACAAUGGGACUACUGGACGGCUGUCUGUUGAAGUUGUCAAAGGAAGUCAUUUCAGUUUGUUAAAUUAUCCACGUCACUGUCGAAAUAUGGCCAUGACACGCGCACCUGAUACCUUUGUGAAGCUUUGUCUGGUCAGCAGCACUGGUCAGGAGAUGGCAAGGAGCAAGACAUCUAUUCGGCGAGGCCAGCCUAAUCCAUUGUUUAAAGAGACAUUCAUGUUCCAGGUAGCACUGUUCCAGUUGCCAGAUGUAACACUCAUGGUAUCAGUAUACAGCAAGCGCAGCAUGAAGCGGAAGGAGAUGAUUGGAUGGUUUUCUUUGGGUUUAAAUAGCUCUGGAGAGGAGGAAUUAGCUCACUGGAAUGACAUGCGUGGUGUACAUGGAGAGCAGAUUUGUCGUUGGCAUGUACUUGUUGAAUCUUAAUCAUCGUAUGACUGACUGAAAUUUGAUGAAUGCAUUAAAAUUUUCACUUGGGCUCAGCCCCAAGCAGUCAGGUUUCCAAGCAAAUGAAAAAAAAAUUUUGAACAUUUGUAAACUUUGUUUAAUGAUAAAAUUAAUGUUCUUGGACAGGAGUAAUGCUGGUAGCCCAUUGGUAAUGCGCUUGUCCUGUCAUUGAUUCAGGCAGCAGGAUGGAUGAAUUUUUCAUGCCUACAUAUGGCUGUUUAACUGGAUAUGGCA